AUGUCGGGGAAUUACAAUUAUCCUGCCGCCUCUCUUCGUGUACCUCGUGGAAGCCGUACCGGUGAUAGACCGAACCGUCCUACCGGAAACAGUUUGCAGCAUUUGCGAGACCUGUUGCAUUCAGAACAUAACCAUAACACUGCCCGCGCCUUGGAGACUCUGAACGAAGAGAUAGAAGGGUAUCGCUCCGGCCGUGUGCGGGACCGGCCAAGCUUCGAAGAGACCGGAGCUACAGUUGAUAGACAGAUACAGCAACAUAUCCCACGCCCAGGCAUGCAGGGAUUGCACGCUAUAAAUGUCGCUGCGAUAGACACCGAUUCUAGUACUAGUACUGUCGAUUCUUCUAUGUCCUCUAGCGCAUACUCUAGUCGUCCUAGGGGAAGUGAUAGGGCAAGUCGAGAAGGAAGAAAUCGAGGCCCCACUUCCAACCAGCUCAGAGACGAACCCGCAACCCUUAUCGAAGCAGCUACCGACAUGUCUCAGGAAGCGGGUGGGGACCGGUGGAGGGUCAAACGUAGAAAACUCGAAUCAGAUGACAACAGAGAGGGUUUGCAGAGCUUCCGGUACGGUCAGUAUGGCCAGGUUGUGUCCGGAGCUCUCAAGAUGGAAUUGGCUAGUUGUGAUGGAGGCACUUACGAAACCGACGGUGAAAGCACAUGGCCGGAGAACGUCCUUCGCAACGACUCUUCUGUUUACUGUACAAAAUCAGACCGGUGUAAUCUGAUCUUGAAGCAUCGUGGAGAGACCCCGUUCUGCUUAAAAAAGAUUGUGAUUAAGGCUCCCAAAUCUGGCUACGAUGCUCCGAUACAAGAAGGCAUGGUUUUCGUAUCCAUGACUUCAGACGAACUUCUGACCCGUACAGCCCAGUACCAAAUCCAGUAUACAUCCCCUCGACGAAGCCGACGAAAUUGUCGGACUGGAAUGCAGCCUUCCCAGGAAUAUCUGAAUGCGUACCGGCAUCCUUUACGAUCUCUGGCUGGUCGGGACUCUUAUUCAGAGUCAGAUACCGAUAUCAGUGACCCCACAGGGCUAAAUGCUGGCACCAUUCCUGACCCGAUGUCGGGGUUUCGGAUUGUAACAGACUAUGAUGAACGUUCUGAAGACGGCCAUGACGGUGAUCAGAGAUAUGUGAACGACCUACCACCUCUUGCGGAUGUUGAGAGACUACAGAUGGACCAGAUGGAGGACGAUUUUCUUUGUUCGGACAGCGAUGAUAGCGAUAGCGAUGAAGAUACAUCCGAGUUAGAUACGUACAACCGUCGACGCCGUGAGCUACUCAGGCGCGUGGCAUCCACGCGCCGCAGAUACGUCAUGGAAAGAAAUGGGCAGCCAAGACGACGUCCGGUCCCCAGUAUUAUUCAACCUAUACCAUCCCCCUCGGGUCCGCACGCCGGAUCCGAUGCUCAGAACCUUGAUCUAGAAUUGCUAAAACCUCACGCUCGUUUCUUCAUUGAACGAACCAAAAGCAUGGUCAGCAUUACAUUCGAUCCACCUCCUUCCGGGCGAUACAUUCUGAUCAAGCUAUGGAGCCCCCACAAUGGAGGCAACAUUGAUAUACAGAGCAUCAUAGCACAUGGCUACGCUGGGCCAAGAUUCUUCCCUGCCGGAGGUUUCAGAUAG